GAAAGGCGCACAUAUGAGAAAAUUUUCGGAAGCCGAAGAAAACUACAUCGAAAGUCUGCUGCUGAAGUGUGCGGAGAACGGCAUCCCUCUGGAUAAAAGAUUUUUAAAGCGGAUUGUGCCGUUACUGACCAAAUCUAAAGAUGUGCCCAAAAAUCGAAAGAUGUUUUCAUCAUACUGGCAUCGCGAAUUUCUUAAAAGGCACCCGAAGAUUGCUCAGCGAAUUUCACACAGCGUUUCCCGAAGAAAGGCUAAAGAGUGGACCGUGGAGAAUCGGGAGGGUUGGAUACAACGACUGAGUGAGCUUAAUACCGAAGGCCUGCUGCUUGAUCCUGCAGGAAUCUGGAAUUUUGACGAGUCAGCGUUCCAGGUAGCUGAAAAAGUGACGACGGUAUACGCCAAGCGGGGGGUAAAGGAGGUCCUUUCGUACUACGACGGUAACGACCGCGAACUAAUCACGGUGUUGGCGGGCGGCAAUGCGGCUGGAGAAAUUCUGCGACCAUUAAUUUUAUUUGACGGCAAAGUUUUCCUUGCUUCUCGUUUUGACGGCACAGACGACAGAUGUCAUAUGGGCUUUAACUCGUCAGGCGUGAUGGAUAAUUCAACUUUCACUUCAUAUAUCAGAGAAGAAGUCAUCCCCAAAAUGACGGCAGCAAAAAAUGUUAUUUUUCUCGAUGGGCACAGCUCUCAUAUGUUCAAUCUGGAGUUUUUAUCAGAGUGCAUGAAGUCUGACAAAGAUAUUACCGUUGUCAUACUGCCGUCUGGUCAGACCGGGAAGUUGCAACCCAUGGAUCUGAAGGUGUACGGUCCUGUUAAAAAAUAUUGGCGGGAUUAUUUGCGACUGAUGACCCUUAUCGCUGAAGAAGAGGUUAACAAACAAAACUUCGCUCGUCACCUUGUGAAAAAAUGGGAUGAAUUUAACAUGGCCGCCAAUAUUAUUUCUGGCUUUGCUUCUUCCGGAAUUUAUCCUUUCAACCCGGAUGCGGUCUGCCGAGCUUACGUAGAGCCCGUUCCAAGCCAAUUUCUAUCAGACGUUCCCAUUUCUGUUGCCACCGUAUACGUGAGCGAGCUGGAAGUUAUACGCACAAAUCUUCGAAAAAUUCCACUUUUGACUGAAGGACAGAUAGAAGAGAUUGUGGCGUUCACAAUCUCUAAAGCAGAAGGUUUUCUUCCAUCGGUUGCAGCUGACAAAGUGGCUGCAGAUUGGCACCAUAAUUUCAUGAGCGCUCAUCCUCAGAAAAAGAGAAAACUUAAAGAUUCUCGUCUGCGCGCCGAAGCAGGACUUAUUGCGACGGACAGUAAAAAAAAAGUCCUCUAUACGCUUUUUGAUCCUCAUACGAUAACUGCUAAGAACUAUUUCUAA